GAGAUUAUUUCUGCGAUAUUUUAAAAUUUUUUAUUGUUCUCGUGUGCGCGUCUUGCGCUUGGUAAUAAUGGGGCGAAUUUCUUUCCGUCACAUUUUGAUGCUUAUCUUGCUUAUUGGAAUGUGUAAUAUGUACUCACAGCGAAUGUGCAUGAGUAUUGCCGUUUUGUGCAUGGCCAAUCACACUGCCGGAAGGCUCAUUUCCGAGAAUCAGUAUUUGUCGCAGCAUGCAGAGUCAUUCAACGAGUCAUCUUGCGUAAAAAGCAGAAAAGAAAAAGUCUUAAUAGAUGGUCCCUUUACUUGGGAUGGAUCGACGCGCGGUCAGAUUUUGGGAGCCUUCUUUUGGGGAUAUUUGGUCGGGCAAAUUCCAUCGGGAUUCAUUAUAAGGAAGUUUGGGUCCCGCCGUGUCAUUUUUGUCUGCCUUCUGGUGCUGGCUUCUUCCACUGCGCUUCUCCCGGUCGCUGCUUUUCAAAGUAUUUAUCUACUGUAUAUUUUGAGGGCAGUUGCAGGACUCGCCUCUGCCGCAUGGUUCCCCGGAUUUUAUCAACUUUGGUCUUCAUGGGCGCCUCCAAAUGAAAGAGGAAUCCUGGUUGGAGUGUCAUAUGCAGGUCUGCACAUUGGAAAUGCAGUCACUCUGCCCAUUGCUGGAGCACUCUGUCAAACAUCCAUUGGAUGGUCAUUGGUCUUUUACUUUUACGGUGCUUGCAGUCUGGCGUAUGCAUUUCUGUGGGCUCUACUCGUGUACGAUUCCCCGAAUAACCACCCAAAGAUAUCAGACACUGAGCGGAAACUAAUUAUCACCAAGUGUGGCGACAUGGAUUGCAGGAGUAACCAGAGAAUGAAGCUGCCAAUACUGUCAAUAAUAUCCUCUCUACCGGUGUGGGCUUUUACCGUGGUCAUCAUUGGCUUCGACUGGAAUUCGUACACUCUGCUGACCAGUAUACCCUCGUACAUGCGCGAGGUACUCUACUUCGACAUAAGUGAGAACGCGGGAUUAUCGGCAUUACCUUACACAGCCGUUUGGUUUGGGCAAUUGUGGUUUGGCUGGCUGUCCGAUCGCCUUUUAUCGAGAAACGUCUUCAGCCUUAACGUUGUACGACGGCUGAUGACUUCUGUGGGCAUGUUCGGACCAGGUGUAGUGAUGAUAGCCAUCAGUUUCUUCGAUUGUCGCUACAAGUACGUAGUUGUCGCUCUAUUUACCUUUGGACUGGUGCUGAACAGUGGCAUGUUCGCCGGUGGGCUACUCAAUCCUAUUGAGAUCAGCCCGAGGCACUCCGGAAUCAUAUUCAGCGCUGCUAACACGCUCAGUGCACUGACGGGAGUGGCCGCCCCAUUAGUGGUCGAUGUUCUUACACCUCAACAUACUUAUUCUCAGUGGCGAAACGUCUUCUACGUCGGCGCUGCUGUCUACUUUGCUACAGGAUUGUUCUUCGUCUGCUUUUCUUCCUCGACCAUUCAACUCUGGGCCGUGGUACCUGAAGAUCGUUUGGACGAUGCUGAAUUGAACCAUCGAACGCUAUCCAAGGAGGUGGAGCCACUGAACGAGUUGUCGGAUCCAGUUGUCAUCAAAGUUGUGGAUGCUCGACAUAUCAGUGCCUGACAUACCUGCAAAUUCUUACAGGCAGCUAUAAUCAUCCGGAUGCUAUUCAUCUGUUCAUAUGAUGCUUUACCUGAGUCAGCCAACUCUUUUAAAUUUUCUAUCCUUUUCGUGACCUUCUGUGAUUAUUGUGCCUAAAUCGACCAAACUGAUGCAUUUGCCUUAGUGAGACCCUUUAUUUGAGAAGAGGACCAAAUGCAUUAACAUGGAUAACGCCCACAUCGCUUCCCGUUGUUGAAACUUUCUCUACUAUUUACGGCAUUCGCAGUAUAUACUUGAUUCAAAAGAUGUAAAAAUUAAACCUUUUCUCAGUCUCCAUCACUUUAUUGUAAACGCUUCCAGAAUCACGUAGCUGGAGAAAUUUUAACCAAACUUCCUUCGACUGGAUGUUGUAG